GUAAAAUUUAUAUUGUAAUAAAUUUGUACGUUACUAUUAAUUUGGUUUUAAUCUAACUUUCAAGUGCUCUAAUACUUGAAUGAACAAUUUCAUCCCUCUUUGCCCUUUAAAUAUUUCGUUUAGCCUAGGAGGUUUUUGGAAGGUUAUAAAUCUAAAGGUUUAUAUUGUUGUAAGGUUUUUGGAAGUAUAUCUAAUAUGAUGAUUAUUGCCAAGUUAAACAGACUUUAUAUGCGCCAAUUCAAAAGCUUGGCUUUUCUUUGUUCAAAAAAUUUUAAAGAUAACCCUGAAAUGCCAAAAAAUCUUUUAGAAGAUGUUCAUAAUGCUAAUUCUCAGUCCGAAAAUGGUGUAAUAUAUGACAAGAAGCCGUUUAAAAUUAAGCUGAUUCCUAAUAAAACGUAUAACUGGUGUCUCUGCGGUCACAGCAAAAAUCAGCCUAUGUGUGAUGGGACUCAUAAAAACCCUUAUAUACAAAUAAAAUUAAGGCCUGUUCGUUUCAAAGUUUCUGAAGAGAAGGAUUAUUGGUUGUGCAACUGUAAGCAAACAGCAAAUAGACCUUUCUGUGAUGGUACCCAUAAAAGAGAAGAUAUUCAAGCUAAGAAAUAGUGACUUCUUAAUUCAAACAUAGAUAUUUAUUUUUGUUAAUAGAACUCCUUUAUUGUGAUAUAUUUGUCUUGUAAAAUAGUACUCCUUUCUUACAAAUUAAAUUUAUAUAAUUAAAACUUUCCUGUUUUACUUAAUUUUAUAGCAGCCAGUGAUCUAUGAUGUCAGAAACUACAUAAAAUCAAAGCCUGCUAUCCCGCCUCAUGCAUGUCUGAAAUAAUAAUUUUAGUCUAUGAUUGCUGUUUUUUUUUUGGUUUUUACUUUCCUACCUUUACUAGGUAAGGAAAGUAUUGCAAUCGGGUCAAAUUUCCGACAUGCGAUUUUCGACAGAUCUAUACGUUUCAGAGCCUCCUGAGUCCGAAAAACAUAUUUUUAGCCAUUGGUCUGUCUGUCUGUGCCAAGAUUUUCUCAGUAACUACUGAACCGAUUUUGUUGCUUCUUUUUUUUUUUUUUUUUGUAGAAUUUUGAUUACUGAUGCCUGUGACAGAAAUUCGGUACUCCAUGCACAAUAGCUUGCGCGCAAUAAAUGAAAAACAUGUUUUUCUAUUUACUGUAGCGCAAAAACGGCUCUAAAGAUUUUGAUGAAACUUUCCUAUAAUGUUCUAAUCAUUGUUCUCUCAAUUUUUCGUGUAUAGACUAAAUUCCCAAAAAAAUUCAGAAAAAAAAGUUAUAAAGAAAAGAAAAAUUUUAUGGAGCCUAACUCCUUAAGUAUAUAUUAUAUGGUAAAAUUUAUAAUAAAAUUUUUGAAAGGUAAUUAAAUUUUCAGGAAAAUGUGUCUAGUUCAAUUCUUUUUUGUUUCUUCAUGAACAUAUGUAAAGAUAUAAAAACUUUUCUGAAAUAGGUAGGAAAGUCGUGUGAGUGGACACACCAGAUAUUUUAAUUUGGUCUUUGUAUAUUAUGUUCAGAAAUUAUCAACCAAGCUAAGCAAUAAUUAUUAAUUUAUUAAUCACACUGAUAACAAAAGAUAUUUUAAUGAAUUCUUAUAAAUUCAAUAAUCAAAUUUUCAUAUCUGACACAUGACAUUAAUUUUCAAACAAAACUUUGAUUAAUUAGGUGUUAACAGCAUUGAAUGAAUAUGCUAAUGUAUAUGAUGAUAAAUUAUAUACUGAUUGCAAACAGGCUCAAAGGCCACCUGUUCAGAAAGUUUCACAUUGGCUCUAGUCCUCUCUAGUCUGCAAGUGUGGAUAAGGUGAACAAAUUUCUAAACACAUAAUUACUCCUAGCGUGCAGGUUCAAAUCUCAUCAAACAAGACUAAUCUGGCAAUCUCCAACUAACACAGCUUAACGGAAGCCUGGAGGACAUUUGUCAAAAUUUGAGGACCAUUUCCCAACAAGUUUUCGAAAUAGCAAACAGUUACAAUAAAAUUAUAGAUACUAAAAAGACAUAAAAACGUGUAUAAAUAUAAGAUAAACAGAGAAAGUAAAUUAAAUAAACAUAAUAUCAAUGAAUCACAAAAUAAUCAAAGUAUCUGGGUAUACUUUGAGAUUGUUACAGCUUAGGCUUUUAAGUGCAUUUCGUGAUCGAUCAGAUUGGUUAUGGAGUAGGUCUUUGAAGAAGAGAGGUUUGAAAGAGGAUAUCGAUUUUGCCUGUCGAAUAUCUGAGGGUAUAGAGUUCCAGAGGGAGACAACUUGAAUUUAAACAGGUUUUAUCAAACGCAGUAGUUCGGUGAGGAGGAUAGAGGUCGGAUGCACGGGAUUUGGUGGGGCGGUAUUGAAAGGAGUGUUUGAAUUGUAGGAUCUGUAGAAUAUAGAAUAAUGGUACACUUAGUCACAGUUUUGCAGUCACUGCUGGAGUUAGGCAAGGAGAUGCGCUAUCUGCUACACUAUUUAACCUUGCACUACAUAGUGUGAUUGUGAAACUAAACUCCAAUGGGGAUUUACUGCGUUCAUCCACUCAAAUAUGAGCAUACGCUGAUGAUAUUUGCUUAGUGGCAAAGAAUAAGCAAUCUCUUAUUGAUUUGGUCAAACUGUUGAAGGCGGAAGGGCUUGUUUUAGAAAUAAAUGAAAGCAAAACCUAGUACAUGUUUAUAAGUUCAGACAGUGAUUCAAGAGACAGAGAAGACCUGUGCGUUGAAGAUCCUUCUCCUAUCUUGGUGUAGAGCUUAAAGGCACAAAUGAAAUAUCAGCAGAAGUGAAUAGACCGAUUAUGGCAGGUAACCGGGCUUAUUACGCAAACAUAAAACUCUUCAACGACAAAAAUAAGAUAGUAUAAAACAUUGGUAAGACCAGUAGUGACAUAUAUUCUGCGGAAACUUGGACUCUUUGCACCCCCACGAUAAAUGCGUUGGAGGUUUUCGAGAAGAAAAUUCUCCAUAAAAUUUGUAUUGAAAGAGGGUGAAUGGAGAAUCCAGAAAAACAGCGAAUUAUAUGAGCUAUAUGGAUCUUGCGACAUUGUCCACUUCAUACGAGCAAAGAGGAUUGAAUGGUUAGGUCACGUACCACGGAUGAAUGAAGUGAGAAUGUGAAAAAGAAUUCUGCUUGGAAAGAUGUGUAGCACCAGAAGGAGAGGAAGACCUUGGAUUAAGGAUGUGGAAAGGAACCUGGAAAAUCUUAGUAUAAGGAACUGGAAGAGGAGUGUUAUGGUGGAGGUGAAGACUGGUGCAAUAUUCAGGGAAGCCAAGGCCCACCGCAGGCUGUAGAGCUACGUAGUAAGUACUUACAAAAAUAUCAUGCUAUGUCCUUCUCAUUUUUUAGUAGCUUAGAUUCUGUCUGGGUUGGGAUUUUUGUGUGUGUUGUAUUAUUGUUCGAUUUUGAAAAAAAAACAAAAAAAAACCUGUGGACUUAAUGGCAUGCUUUCUGGUAUUUUAUGUUUAUGUUCAUAAUUUAAGAUGUUAGUAAUAAAUGAAAAAAAGAUUAAGGAAUUUUAUUUAAAAACAAGUUAUUUUGUUUAUUGGUACCUCAUUCCAUUUAAUUUUAGCAGUGAAGAAACGGUUGACUGUAGACAAUAUGGUUGGGGUUAGAAGUCAGUGAGAACAUAGAAAUAACAAUUUUUUUUUAAAAUUUAGUUCAUGGCAACGUUUGCAUCACAAAAAGGUUGCAUACAUUGUCUUAUAGCUCCAAAGAUUUAUCUCCGCACGCUCCUUUCUAAUUAUAGUAGUCAAUUUUCCUUAUAACUGUUUUUUAUCCAUGCUCUUAGGUAAGACUAGGUGUACCAAAGCCUUGUAAAGGGUUAGUUUUGGCACUGGAGGAAAUAAAUCUGCUUUUAAGGUGUUUUAACAAGCCUAAGAAAUA